AUGGCGUUCACCAGCCUGUCCGCCGCCGCCUCUGCUGUCCCGCCACCGGCGCCCUUCGGUGCGGCCCCGCCACCAUACGGCGCGUCGGCCCCCUACGGCGCAUCCGGCGUCACCCACAUGCAGCUGGCCCUGCCAAUGGCCGGCGGCCAUGCUCCGCCCGCCCCGUCGAUGGCCUCUCCGGGCUGGUGUUACCCGUUGCCGCCACCCGCGCCUCCCCAGCAGCAGCCGACCCAGGGUGCAGGGUGGGCCCCGCACUACCCGCAGGAUCUCCCCGCGGGCCACCAGGAGUUCAUCGGCGCGCCUUACCAGUCGACCGGCGCCGGCUACGGCGCCCUCCUUGUGCCACCGCCCCUCGGUGGUUAUGACCCGCCCGCUCCGGCGCUGCCCUACGGGGGCCUUUCGCCGCCGCCGGUACCUGUGCCAUGGGACCCCGCCCUCCUCGCCGCCCAGCACUCCGCGUCGUUGCCGAGUAGCCCUGUCGGCGGAGGCGACUGGUACAUGGACUCAGGUGCCACUGCGCACAUGACAGCUCAUCCCGUCACGAACCUAGUUUCUGUUCGUCGUCUUACUCGUGAGAACCCACUUACUGUUGAAUUUGACGGUGUUGGCUUUUCUGUGAAAGACGCCCGCACCCGGAUGGGGAUAUUUCCUUCACCGUCUCCCUCAUACGAGGUUGAGCCCGGCACCCCGCCCGCCACCCCAGCGACGGGCUCGACGUCAACCUCGCCCCUCGCCUCUUCCGCCGCCGGAUCGGCCGGCAUUGCUGCCGCCGCGGCCCCCGCCGCCGCCGCCGCUGCCGCGAUCCCCUCCGCGGCUGCGGCCCCCAUCGCCGCACCGGGUGCCCCCGCCGUCGUGGCCCCCGUCGCCGCGGCAUCCGCUGGCCCUGCUUCCCCGUCACUUGGUGUGACCACCCGUGCCCGAGCAGGAGUGCUUCGGCCUAGCACGCGCUACUCCACCGACGAGUAUGUGUGCACCGCCUCGACGUCGACGCCAUCACCCGUCCCCACCUCCGCUCGCGCUGCCCUUCGGGAUCCCCACUUGCUAGCUGCGAUGCAGGAGGAGUUCGAUGCCCUACAGCGCAACCGCACGUGGCAGCUUGUUCCGCGACCCCCUCGUGCCAACAUCAUCUCUGGCAAGUGGGUGUUUCGCCACAAGACUCGCCCGGACGGUUCUCUCGAGCGCUACAAGGCUUGA